UUGGUUGGCUCCUGCCUGCCAGUGCCUAGAGCUUCACAAGCUGAUGUCAUUUUCUCUGGCUUGGCUCUUCCUCCACAGCAAAGCUGUUAUCAUCUCUCCAGUCCCCUCCCUCCUCUCACUUUGUUAUUGCUUGCUAUAUACAUCUCCAUCAGAUAAUAGGCUGCUAAUCUCUCCCGUUUGCUAUACGCGGGAUGGGUGACUGACCAAGCAUGGGGUAUUAUUACACAUUGAACGCACAUCUUGUACCUUGCACAAGGACGUCUUUCACCACCUUCAUUUGCUCCUAACCUAAACAUCUAACGGCAAUCACUAGCAUAGCUUGUCAGAGCACCUGGUUGUGUUGCUGACACUGACAGAUUUGCACACAGUAAACCUCCCCUGCUCUGUCUUCUUGCCUCAGCUGCUCACUCAGACACCACUCAUCUGUUGUAUGGCUGUGUAGCUCACUGUGAUACCGGGAGAUCUUGUUUAUGUUGUUACCUGCAUUCCAUAGUGGUGCUCGGAAGAUUAAUAAAUGACUGAUAAUGAAACAGCCCCUUAAUGAAUCAGGAUGACAAGCUCGUGAGUAGCUUCUCUUUUUUAUUUGGCAAAAGACUGCACGUACAGCAUGUGUCCUGCGAUAUAUUAGGCAGGUUCAUCUGUCACACAAUGUGACCUGUAGCUCACUUAGGGUUGGAGCAGUGCCCGGCUACCCGGCAGACGUUGUUAUUGUUUUGGGUCACACAGGGUUCUUCUGCUACUGCUGUCUGACACCGGCUGGGCGGAUUGCUUACUCUGCUGUAACCAGUUUUGUGAAUGGAUGCUUAUUGAGCUAAGAACAACGAGGCGAAGAAGCAAACAAUACACCGCGCUGUCCUGUGUGUGUAGUCCCUGAAAAUGUGGGUUAAUCCCGAGGAAGUGUUGCUGGCAAACGCCCUAUGGAUCACAGAAAGGGCCAACCCUUACUUCAUACUGCAGAGGAGAAAGGGACAUGGGACCAGAGGUGGUGGGGGUCUGGCUGGCUUGCUUGUAGGAACGCUGGAUGUUGUCUUAGACUCCAGUGCAAGAGUCGCACCUUACCGCAUCCUUUAUCAAACACCUGACUCACUAACUUACUGGACUAUUGCUUGUGGAGGCUCUCGGCGGGAAGUGACAGAACACUGGGAAUGGCUUGAAGUGAACCUGCUACAGACACUUUCCAUUUUUGAAAAUGAAAAUGACAUUACAACAUUUGUUAAAGGAAAAAUUCAGGGUAUCAUUGCAGAAUAUAAUAAAAUUAAUGGCAUAAAAGAGGAUGAUGACACAGAAAAGUUCAAAGAAGCCAUAGUGAAGUUUCACAAACUGUUUGGGAUGCCGGAGGAGGAGAAGCUUGUGAACUACUAUUCCUGCAGCUACUGGAAAGGCAGAGUCCCACGACAAGGCUGGAUGUAUCUCAGUAUCAAUCACCUGUGCUUUUAUUCCUUUUUGCUAGGAAAAGAAGCUAAGUUGGUGAUUCGAUGGGUGGAUAUAACACAGCUGGAAAAAACGGCUACUCUUCUUCUCCCCGACAUGAUUAAGGUCAGCACACGGUCUAGUGAACAUUACUUUUCAGUGUUUCUCAACAUCAUCGAGACAUUCAAACUCAUGGAACAGCUUGCUAAUAUAGCUAUGAGACAGCUGCUUGAUAAUGAGGGCUUCGAGCAAGACCGCUCCCUCCCAAAACUUAAAAAGAAGUCUCCAAAAAAAGUUUCUGCAUUAAAAAGGGAUUUGGAUGCAAGAGCAAAGAGUGAAAGAUAUCGGGCAUUGUUCCGUCUACCUAAAGAUGAAAAGUUGGACGGACAUACAGACUGCACAUUAUGGACGCCCUUCAGUAAAAGGCACAUUGUGGGUCAGAUGUUUGUGUCCACAAAUUACAUUUGCUUCUCUAGUAAAGAAGAGAACUUGUGCAGUCUCAUCAUUCCACUUAGAGAGGUAACAAUAGUGGAAAAGGCAGACAGUUCCAGCGUUUUGCCAAGUCCACUUUCUAUCAGUACAAAAAACAGAAUGACUUUCCUGUUUGCCAAGCUAAAGGACAGAGAUUUUCUUGUCCAGAGGAUUUCCGAUUUCUUGCAACAAACUACUUCAAAAAUGUACUUCGAUAUAGAUAUUUCUGGAAGUGACAACAGCCUAGAUGAAGAAACUUACUCCAGAGUCAGCACUUAUGUUUCCAGCAGCCCCCAGCAAAGUCUAAGUGCUGAGGUGGAAGGAGAGCGACCAUUCAACCUCAAUGGAAACAGUGCUCCAACAGCCACUCAGACACUAAUGACCAUGUAUCGCAGGAGGUCGCCAGAAGAAUUCAACCCUAAACUGGCCAAAGAAUUUCUAAAGGAACAAGCAUGGAAAUUACAUUUUGCAGAAUAUGGGCAAGGUGUCUGCAUGUAUCGCACAGAGAAAACCAGAGAACUUGUGCUGAAAGGCAUCCCAGAAGUCAUGCGAGGGGAGCUCUGGCUACUAUUAUCAGGAGCUAUUAAUGAGAUGGCCACACACCCUGGGUAUUAUGAGGAGCUGGUUGAAAAGUCCAUGGGGAAGUAUAAUCUUGCCACAGAGGAGAUUGAGAGGGAUUUGCACCGUUCUCUGCCAGAACAUCCUGCAUUCCAAAAUGAAAUUGGCAUUUCUGCCCUUAGGAGGGUGCUUACUGCAUAUGCAUUCAGAAAUCCCAAUAUUGGCUAUUGUCAAGCCAUGAAUAUAGUCACAUCAGUUCUGCUUCUAUAUGCCAAAGAGGAGGAGGCAUUUUGGCUGCUGGUUGCUCUAUGUGAGCGUAUGCUUCCUGAUUACUAUAAUACAAGGGUCGUUGGAGCGCUAGUUGAUCAGGGAGUCUUCGAGGAGUUGGCUCGAGAUUACGUGCCGCAGCUUUAUGAUUGCAUGCAAGACCUGGGCGUUAUCUCUACCAUCUCUCUUUCUUGGUUCCUCACAUUGUUUCUCAGUGUUAUGCCCUUUGAAAGUGCUGUUGUGGUUGUGGAUUGUUUCUUCUAUGAAGGUAUCAAGGUGAUAUUCCAGCUUGCACUUGCAGUACUAGAGGCCAAUGUGGACAAGCUAUUGAACUGUAAAGAUGAUGGAGAAGCCAUGACAGUCCUUGGAAGAUAUCUUGAUAGUGUCACUAACAAAGACAGCACUCUGCCACCAAUUCCUCACCUCCACUCCCUCCUUACUGAUGAUGUAGAACCAUAUCCAGAAGUGGACAUUUUUAAACUAAUCUCUGCAUCAUAUCAGAAAUUUGGAACAAUAAGGGCAGAUGUGAUCGAACAGAUGAGAUUUAAGCAAAGACUCAAAGUGAUACAGACUUUAGAGGAUACUACAAAACGAAAUGUGGUUCGCACUAUUGUGACAGACACUGCAUUCACCAUCGAUGAGCUGGAGGAGUUGUACGCUCUGUUUAAGGCUGAGCACCUGACCAGCUGCUACUGGGGUGGUAACAGCAGCGCACUUGACCGCAAUGACCCCAGCCUUCCUUACCUUGAGCAGUACCGCAUUGACUUCCAGCAAUUCAAGGGUUUGUUCGCCCUACUGUUUCCAUGGGCGUGUGGCACUCACACUGAUGUGUUGGCUCUCAGACUUUUCAGGCUGCUAGAUGAAAACGGAGACCAACUGGUCAACUUUCGAGAAUUUGUCUCAGGACUGAGUGCCGCAUGUCAUGGUGACCUCACAGAAAAGCUAAAGCUGCUGUACAGGAUGCACACGUUACCUUAUCUUUCUCUGGAUCAAGAGGAGCCAGAUUCUGCUUUUGAGGCUACACAGUACUUUUUUGAAGAUAUCACUCCAGAGUGUAGUCAAGGUAAAAAGACGAAUCAGGACAAUCGUAAUUACCUUCGUAUAUGGGCACGAGAAAACAAGUCUAAACAAAAAGCUGCACAAGAACUGCCAAAGCUAAAUCAGGAGAAGUUUAUUGAGCUGUGCAAGACUAUGUACAACAUUUUCAGUGAGGACCCAUAUGAGCAAGAACUGUAUCAUGCCACAGCAGCGGUCACCAGCUUGCUGCUUGAAAUUGGAGAGGUUGGCAAACUUUUCUCCAGCCAGGCCACAGAGGAAGCAGCUAUCCACAGCAGCCAAGAGAUUCAGAGUAGAAACCAUGAAAAGAAAGGAGUCCAGACAUACCAUUACGUGCAAGAUGGUGACUUCUCAAAAAGACCUGUUUCCAAUAUCGAUACAGAAGACCUGAACUCUGAUCAGAUGGAGGAAGUGAAGCUGGAAGACUCUCCGAGAGACAAUGGAGCCUGCUCCUCGAUGCUAAUAUCAGAUGAUGACACUAAAGAUGACAGUUCCAUGUCAUCAUAUUCAGUCUUGAGCGCUGGCUCACAUGAAGAGGACAAACUGCAUUGUGAAGAUAUUGGUGAUGACACAGUUUUAGUGCGCAAUCACCACCAGUCUUCAUUGCCUAACAGCACCAGCCUAGACAGGGACUGGGCCAUUACAUUUGAGCAAUUUUUAGCUUCUCUCUUGACAGAGGCAGCCCUCGUCAGAUACUUUGACAAGCCAGUGUCUAUGAUGGCUAGAAUCGCCAAUGCUAAAAAUGUUCGUCUGAUGGGGAAAGCAUUGCCUUCAUCUAGUGACUAUGAUAUUGCUACCAUUUCUGGAUGAAAGAUUUGUUGUUACCUCACUAUUCAAGAAGAAGACAAAAGAACUAGUGUACAAAUAUUUAUUCAUUGUGAAUCUCUAUGUAAAAAAAGCAAUUUUUCUGUGAUUGCAUUCAAAUAUUAAUGUAUAGUGAAUAUCUAUCUAAAAUGAGCUUUCUUCAGUGAUUACUUAUGGACAUUGGUAAAUAUUAUUAAUAUUGUUGACAAUAUAAUAAAAUAGUACCAUCCCUUUAAAAUUUAGAAAAUGUGCACAACUUAUCAUAGAAUCGCUGCAAGAGAUUUAAUGGAUUUUUAACCUUGCAAACAUACUUUUUAACUGAAUUUAAAGACUAUAAUGUGAACUGUUUUAAAUAAAGAAAAGUUACAAGGUUUUUUUUUUUUUAAAUGUAUAAAUAUCCUGCAACUAUAAUAAUUCGCAAAGACAAUAUGUAUUUUAGUGAACCUGAAAGACGAAAAUAAAAAGUAGAUAUUUCAACCUAGUUUUACAGUAUAACCCUUGCCCUUAUGGUGAGAAUCUUGUAUUUAAAAGUCAAGUAUAAUUAUGUAAAAUUAAGGAAGUAUGUUAUUUCCAAAGCUACUGUAUACAAUGUAUUUAAAGUUGUUUUGCUGUAACGUUACCACUUGUUAUAUACCUGAACCUAAUAUCUACUGACUUAGUAACAGACGUAUAAAAUCUGAGCACCUGCACUUUGAAUUUUUUUUAAUGCUGUCAGUUACUGAAGUACCUGCUUUACUAUAAUUUCAAACUAAAAUAUUUCAUGCUUUGUAUAUGUAUAAGUGUAUUCUUGUAAAUAGUAUUUGUAUUUAAGAGUUUUUUUUAAACCACUUAUAAUUUUAGGUAAUGUAUAUAAAUCAAACCAUAUGGCUGUAAUUGUAAUUUUACUUUUAAUUAAUUCUGCUGUUUUGUUCUGCUGUAUGCUAGAACAUUAUAAUAGAGUUCAUGUCAUCCAAUAAAGUACUCUUAAACAUG